UUCUUUAUAGGCUAUGGGAGCGCUGUCACGUACUCCAAAUGUACUCGGCUUCACUGUCAAUGACACAAGCGGAUGUGGAACAACGUAGAGAAAGUCGAGUACACGAAAGUGCAUUCAUUCAACCAAUUUUUGUAGGUAACUGUUGAUAGUUUUUCGGACACACGCCGUCUGCUCUUGUCACAGGCAAAAAUAUCCAUCCGGAAGACCACUUGCCUCUGUUUUCAAAGGAAAAAUGACACCGGGCUUUAAUGAUGAGACGAAAGGAGGGGAAAGCUGUAGUAAUGUACUUGUGCACAAUCCUAAUUUGGAUGCCAUGAAGGAGGAUAUACUUUACCAUUUCAACUUGGGGACGGCUACACAUGAUUUGCCAGCCAUGUUUGGAGAUGUCAAGUUUGUAUGUGUAGGCGGCAGCCCGUGGAGGAUGAAGGCAUUCAUAGAGUUCAUCGGUCAUGAGUUGGGCAUGGCUGAGCCUAAAGCUGAUUACCCCAACAUCUGUGCAGGGACUGACCGCUAUGCCAUGUACAAAGUGGGACCGGUGCUCUCAGUCAGUCAUGGAAUGGGGAUUCCCUCAAUAGCCAUCAUGCUUCAUGAACUAAUCAAACUCCUCUACCAUGCUCGCUGUACUGACGUCACAGUUCUGAGAAUUGGAACGUCGGGCGGAAUAGGCCUGAAACCCGGCACUGUGGUUAUCACCAAACAGUCCGUGGAUGCCUGUUUCCUGCCACGCUUUGAGCAAGUGAUUCUGGGAAAGCCAGUGGUCCGGAGCACUGAUCUAGACUCUGACCUGGCAGAAGAGCUGUUCCAGUGCAGUAAAGACUUGGAUGAAUUUGAAACUGUCAUUGGCAACACUAUGUGCACAAUGGACUUUUAUGAGGGUCAAGCCCGGCUGGAUGGGGCCUUCUGCUCAUAUACAGAGGAAGACAAACAGAACUAUCUCAAAGAAGCCUAUGCUGCAGGAGUCCGCAAUAUUGAGAUGGAGUCUUCUGUAUUUGCUGCCAUGUGUAAACUUAGCGGUCUUCAAGCGGCAGUGGUGUGUGUGACUUUGUUGGAUCGUCAGAAGGGAGAUCAGCUGAGCAGCUCUCAUGAAGUCCUUCACAGCUACCAACAGCGACCACAAACACUUGUGGGGCACUUCAUCAAGAGGCGUCUGAAUUCCAUAAGCAGAGGCGUCUUAUCUCCUGAUGCUGACAAGGCAAAGACAUCCUGAGAUGACAUUAGAAAUGGUGGCUUACUUGCACUGUACUGUCAAUUAUACAAAUCCUUUGUGUGCAUUUUACUUUAAGCAUUGUAUUUAGUAUGAUCAAGGCCUUUUUUUGCUGAUGAGCCUUUCAUUCCAGCUAAAUCGCCUAUGUUGCUAUAUUUUUGUGUUUUUUUUUAUCUACGUUGUAGAUAAUAACUGGGAACAUUUGUUGGGGAAUGUUGGAUUUAUAACUCUGCUGAUAUUUUGGUAAUGUUUUGAUAAAGUUUUCAUACAAGAUUACACUGCAAACACAGUAUAUUAUGUAAUGCUGCCAGAGAAAGUUGACAGUGUUUUUCCACUGGUCUUAACACAAUGCUUUCCCAGUAUUAAGUUGCAAGUAUUCACUUGAACCUUCGUUGUAAUGCUGGGUUGGGCACAUAUAACAUGGACACUGAUGUCAGUGGAUAUUUUAAAGUCUGUAGCUGUAUGUUAUGAAACAUAUUAUAAUACUAGCAAUAAAGAUUACCCACGAAAGAUUAAA